GAAGCGAGGCAAAUGUAGAGCAUGAGCUACUGUGUGUCUGUGUAUAUGUUAUUACCAACUAAGGAAUCAAAGUAUUUUUGCUGGGUUUAGACUUGUAGAGGAAGAAGAAGAAAAAGACCGACACCUACAACUACAAGGGUCAAACAAGAGAGUGACAACUGGUCAAACUGGUCUUCAAAAUCUUUACCUUAGAUUUUAUGCUUCAAAGAAAAAAAGAUAAUGUGGUGCUGGAAUCAUCUAACAAGAACAUUGCAAAAAUGUGCUGCCGGUUUACUUGGGCUUUUGUAGCUAGGUAGAUCAGGCUAGCUACAAAAGGUUUAGCAAGAUAGUUGGACAUGAAUUUGCUGGUGAGAACAUGCUUCAGCCAAGGGAAACCGACAUUCCUGCUUUAUUUUUGGUCUUGGUUGUGCUUCCCCUGGUUUCUUAUAUCCUUCUAGGCAAAUGGAAUGAGGCAGCCAAAAAGAAAGAGAGGGUUGGUUUGCUGGCUCAACGGGCUGCUGAAGAAGCGUUUAAGUCGGAAAUUGUGCCUGCUGUAAGUAUUAUCCCUACUCCUCUUGUGCCUUUGCCAAGCAGUGUAAUUCAUCAGUGUGCAAGAUGCCAUAGUCCAGCCACAACUCGGUGCUCUCAAUGCAAAUCUGUUCGAUAUUGCUCAGGGAAGUGUCAGAUUCUCCACUGGAGACAGGUUCACAAGCUAGAGUGUCAUCAAUUGGGUAACAACUGCAACAGCUCAUUCUCUAAGUCUGCGUGGACUGAUGAAUUCCCGGGAUGUGUGUCAUUUGAUAACUGUGUUGAAGCGCAGUACAAUGACAGCAACAUUAAUCAGUCAUGGCUUGGCAAAGCUCCUCCAGAUGAUGUCUCCGAAACACCCAUUAUCACAUCACUCGCCCCUACUGCUGUUAGUAUGGCAAUGGAUACAUCAGUAGCUCCAAAAGUUGGGAGACGAUCUGUAGACAAGAGACUACAUAAAGGCAACAGAGAUAUAUUAAGAAGAGGGGAAGGAACCAUGUCCGAGAGUUCUGAGCUAGCCUCUCAAUCUUGGGUUACUACUUCCCCCUCAUGUGCUACCUCUUCAACAGAACGUUCUAUGAACCAGAAGUCAAGAGAGAGUGAGUCCAAGUUUUUGGAACAUGAUAGCAUCGCGGAUGGAUUCAAUAGUGAACAAGCUGAUUUGGUGAGUACAAUGGGAGAACGCCAUAUGUUGCAAAAGCGGAGAGAACACAUCUCAAGAAAUCAUCGUCACAUUUCGAGUUCAUCGAAUCUAGAAGGCCAUGAAAUGAGUGCAUGCAAUAAUCAGAAGGAGUUGAUUGAUGAAGAAAGUCUUAUACGAGAAGGCAUCAUUACCAGCACUCAGGCAAUUCCAUUGACUUGCGCUUCUGGAAAGACUUCAACACGGAGAAGCAGUAGAGCUAAAAGUGCAUCACAUUCUCAAGGAGCAAAGUCCAAUAAAACGCCAAAAACAUCAAGAGAAGAAAUGUGUUCAGGUUUGGAAGGGAAGAGCCAGAAUAUCGACGAGUCAAAAAAUGCUAGAAGAAAGGAUGCUGUCCCUCCACAAGCAGGCAGUGGGGUUGCAAACAUGGGCAUUAUGAGAAUGUUUGGUCUGGUUAAAUCAUCAAAAGUUGAUAGACAUCAAUCUGUAGAAUCCAGGGCUGACAAACACAAGAAACAAAAGAUGCUGUUUCCUUAUGAAGAAUUUGUGAAGUUAUUUGAAUAUGAAGACUUCACUUUGUUGCCUAGAGGUAUCAUAAAUUGCGGGAAUAGUUGUUAUGCCAAUGCUGUCUUGCAGUGUCUGACCUUCACAAAACCUUUAACAAUCUACCUACUUCGCAGAUCACACUCUAGAACUUACUGCAGGAGAGAUUGGUGCCUUAUGUGUGAACUUGAGCAACAUGUGAUGAUGUUAAGAGAAAGUGGAGGUCCUCUAUCGCCAAGCAGGAUUCUUUUGCAUAUGCGGAGCAUUAAUGGUCAGAUUGGCAAUGGCAGUCAGGAAGAUGCUCAUGAGUUUUUAAGGCUUCUUGUUGCUUCUAUGCAAUCUAUAUGCUUGGAGGCAUUGGGUGGAGAAAAUGCUGUCGAUCCAAGAUUGCAGGAAACGACCUUUAUACAACAAACUUUUGGAGGGCGACUUAGAUCUAAGGUCAAAUGUUUGAGAUGCCACCACGAGUCGGAGUGCUAUGAAAAUAUCAUGGAUCUCUCAUUGGAGAUCUUUGGUUGGGUUGAGUCACUUGAAGAUGCAUUGACACAGUUUACAAGUCCCGAAGAUCUUGAUGGGGAAAACAUGUAUAGAUGCGGAAGGUGCGGUUGUUAUGUUCGUGCACAAAAACAGUUGAGCAUACAGGAGGCUCCAAAUAUCUUGACUAUUGUCUUGAAGAGAUUUCAGGAAGGAAGUUAUGGGAAGAUAAAUAAGUGCAUCGCUUUUCCGGAUAUGCUGGAUAUGAUACCAUUUAUGACUGGGACAGAUGACAGUCCUCCACUUUACAUGCUUUAUGCUGUUGUUGUGCACUUGGAUACCUUAAAUGCAUCAUUUUCUGGGCAUUACAUAUCCUACGUGAAGGAUCUACACCGACAAGGCAAUUGGUUCAGGAUUGAUGAUACUGAGGUCCAGCCUGUAUCCAUGAGCCAGGUGAUGUCGGAAGGAGCAUAUAUCUUAUUUUAUAAGAGAUCAUAUCCACGGCCAGCUAGAAGGAUUAGCCGAAGACAAGCUCCUGGGAUUUUAAAGCACUGCCCACCAAAAUCAACAAAGAUUUCUAGGCCAGAGCAGAUUAAAGCAGAGCAUCAUUUUGUUGGUGUGGAUCCUUAUACGAAUCACAGGCCGGAACUGAACGGCAACAUCAUUGAUUGCACCUCCGGUGGAAUCGUAAGGAAUGCCAAUAGAAAUAGACCACCGGUUGUGGGAACUUACACGGAGUCAAUGACCACAGAGUUUUCAGAUGCUACAUCAAGUGACUGGUCCCUCUUUACAAGCUCAGAUGAAGCAUCAUUUACAACUGAGAGUACCAGAGACUCUUUUAGCACUGUUGAUUAUGCGGAUGCAAGCGCUACUGAUCCAUUCUCUUCAAUCAUCAACAGCUUAUGCGCAUCAGAUCGUUCCUCUAACAGAACUGUCGCGUGUAGUAUGUUUUCGAGUAGCAAACCACAUACCAGAUUCUUUUCAGAAAGGAAGGGUUCUGUUUUGGAUUCAAGUGUGGCUGCCGGACGCCUUGAUCGAGUGCACGGGGCUAGAGUUCCAAGACAGAUCACUCUUCCUCCUUCUGAAGGUUUUCAUAGUGAUAGUAGUACUGGUGUAAAUGUAAAAUAUGGUAGUGAGCCUAGAUUUGGACCUCAUCAAACUUACUAUCCAUCUAAUGUUUAAUUUCUUGGAAUUCCAAGUCAUUAUAUGUCGAAUUAGCUAGGUACAAGUUGUGCUUCUAUUUUGCCAAUCAAUAUUUUAUUGAAUGGAGCACAUCAAUCAUUUGUCAGUUCAAGAAAACAUGUAGUCAUUGCUCUUAGUUCUUAGUUGUAAA